ACGCACUAAAAACAUAUGGAUUGCUCCUUUAAGACACCGCGCGUGUGGUUACGUCAGCGGGUCGUCAGAGGGAACAGUUAAAGAACAAAAUGGAGGAAUAUGCCAGAGAACCAUGCCCCUGGAGGAUUGUAGACGACUGUGGGGGAGCCUUCACCAUGGGAGCUAUUGGUGGAGGAAUAUUUCAAGCAGUAAAAGGCUUCAGAAAUGCACCAUCAGGGAUGAGUCAUAGAAUGAGAGGUAGUAUGACUGCAAUCAAGACUAGAGCCCCACAACUUGGAGGUAGCUUUGCAGUAUGGGGAGGCCUCUUCUCCAUGAUUGACUGUGGUUUAGUAAAGGUGCGAGGAAAGGAAGAUCCCUGGAAUUCAAUAACAAGUGGGGCCAUGACAGGAGCUAUUCUUGCUGCAAGAAAUGGACCAGUAGCCAUGGUAGGAUCUGCGGCCAUGGGAGGUAUUCUGCUGGCAUUGAUAGAGGGCGCAGGAAUCUUGCUCACAAGGUUUGCCUCUUCACAGUUCCCAACAGGACCCCAGUUUGCAGAGGAACCUGCACCUGCUUCCAUGCCCAGCCCUUCAUUUGGAGACUACAGACAAUAUCAGUGAAAAGACUCCCUGUAGACCUAUUUGAAUUUCUUGCUGAAAUCACAAAGAAGAAAUGGAGAUGCUAAAUACCACACCUCAAAUAACAGCAUCUGCAUCCAGUUACGUGGAGCAUGUUGGAGAAGCGAAGGACAAAAUACAUCUUCAUUUUACUUCUUUCAGGACCCGUGUACAAACCUGCCUUUUGCCAUUUUCAGCCUUGUCACAUUCAUCAUUUUCAUCUAACACUGGUAAAACACAAACAUUUGGUGAGAUUGUUGCAUGUGUUUUGUUCAUGUAAAGUAUGUUUGAGGCAGACAAUCUCUGAAUAACCUUUAGACUGGCAAAGACACAUGUCAUGAGGAGCGUAACAACUCUACAUGUAUGCAAGUAUGACUCUUAGGUAUGUGUAUUCAAAGUAAAAGAUUUCUAUUUGUACUCACGUUAGUCUUUAUUUGCCUUAAAUCCUUCCCCUGCUUGGAUUGGCCACUGACAUUUGACUGGCCUGUUUUAGUUCUUUUAAUUCCGAGACCCAAAGGCAAACCUCUAUCAGAUACCACAUUAUGCAAAACUAGUUUGUUUUAAAGUGAAUUAAUUUAUUUUAGAUGGUAAGGAAGUGUAUCGGAUUGUUCUGCGAUGUGACGGUGACUUUUACAUUCAACCCAUGUGUAUAAAAGGCUGUUAUAGACAAGAAAUGGCAUAGGCUGUAUAGAUCACUAGGGAAAACACAAGCAAGGGAUUGGUGCAUAACGUAAUAAAUCUAUAUAAUAGAGUGUACUAUGGUACAAUAAAGAAAUGUGUAAAAUGUGA